AUGUCCACUCGCCAGCGUCACCCCACUCAAGGCCAUGGAAAGGACCUGGGCACCAGUCAGCCGGCUGCUGUGGCAGCUGCGGUGCUGGAGCAGCCCCCCAACGUCCUCAGAAAGCUUCUUCACUGGGACGACCUGCCGCAUUGGCAACGCGAUAACCGGCAUAUCCACACAGGGUAUCGGCCAGCCUCGUCGUCUUUCCUGGUCUCCUUGCAGUCCUUGACAUACCUUCACAAUGAAACGGUCAACAUCUAUACGCACCUGCUGCCGUCCCUGCUGGCCGUCCCGGCGGCUGGGCUCCUCUAUCGGGCACUAGCUCCGCGGUAUGAGAGUGCUACCCAGGCGGAUCUGGUUGCCUUUAGCUGCUUCUUCGCCGGGGCAGCGUUCUGUCUGGGCAUGUCGGCGACCUACCACACCAUCUCGAACCAUUCCCCUCUCGUGGCGCGCAUCGGAAACACGUUUGACUAUGUUGGUAUCGUAGGGCUUAUCGUGGGCAGCUUUGUCCCUAGUGUCUACUUUGGAUUCUACUGUAUGCCCGAUCUGCAACGGUUGUAUUGGACGAUGAUCUGCACCAUUGGUCUUGGCUGCAUCCUUGUUUCGAUCUUCCCUCAUUUCCGGACGCCUCGGUGGCGGCCAUUCCGUGCGGCCAUGUUUGUCGGCAUGGGUCUGUCAGCGGUGUUCCCCGUGAUCCACGGCUUACGCCUGUACGGCGUGGAGCAGAUGACACGCCAAAUCGGGCUCGGCUGGCUGCUCCUCCAAGGUUUUCUGUACAUAUUAGGAGCAACGAUUUAUGCGGCCCGGGUGCCGGAGCGGUUGCGACCAGGCCGCUUCGAUCUCUGGGGGAGCUCCCACCAGAUCUUUCAUGUGCUGGUGGUCUGCGCCGCCGUCGCUCAUCUGACCGGGUUGCUGGAAGCGUUUGAUUACAGACACAGCGGCACUGCAGACAGCUGUCGGGGCAGUGCGCAGUGA